UUACCAUUUCCAGGGUUAACUUUCACUCAAUUCAUUUCUUUCUUUAUUUGGGUACCCAUAACUGUGAUUGAGACGUGGAUGUGAUGUCCUUAUGUGCUGCUAGGAAAGGGCGUUCUUGAUGCUUACAACCAGUGAAAGUGAUGAAGAGGAGGAUUAUAGUAGGGAUGAUGGAGCUGAUGAAGAAGAUGGUGAUGAUCAUGAGGAUUUUGAUAGUGAUGAAGAAGAGGGGUUCUGGGAAGAAGAUGAUAUUAAUGAUGAAGUUGAGAGCACGGAGGAAGAAAAUAGCGACUAUGAUGGGGAUACCGGAGAAGAUGAUACCGACCAAGAUGAGUUUUCAUAUGAGGGAUUGAUUUUGCUUGGAGAGAUUCUUGGAAUGAAUAGAGGAUUACCAGCAGAUGAAGUCACUAAAUUCUUGCGUCCCUGUGAAUAUAAGAUAGAGUGCAAAAAUGGUCUGGAUCGGUGUGUGAUAUGUCAAGUAGACUAUGAAGAAGGAGAAUCACUAGUUUCCCUUCCCUGUGAACAUCCCUACCAUUCAGAUUGUAUAAGCAAUUGGCUUCAAAUUAAGAAGGUUUGUCCAAUAUGUAGCACUGAUGUCUCCUCACCACCCCUUGUAAAGGACUAA